AUGGGCAAGGAGAAGACUCACAUUAACAUCGUCGUUAUCGGCCACGUCGAUUCCGGCAAGUCGACCUCGACUGGUCACCUCAUCUACAAGUGCGGUGGUAUCGACAAGCGCACCAUCGAGAAGUUCGAGAAGGAAGCUCAGGAAAUGGGCAAGGGCUCUUUCAAGUACGCCUGGGUCCUCGACAAGCUCAAGGCUGAGCGCGAGCGUGGCAUCACCAUCGACAUUGCCCUCUGGAAGUUCGAGACCUCCAAGUUCUACGUCACCAUCAUUGACGCCCCCGGCCACCGCGAUUUCAUCAAGAACAUGAUCACCGGUACCUCGCAGGCUGACUGCGCCGUCCUCAUCGUUGCCGCCGGCACUGGUGAGUUCGAGGCUGGCAUCUCCAAGGACGGCCAGACCCGUGAGCACGCCCUGCUCGCCUACACCCUCGGUGUCAAGCAGCUGAUUGUCGGCAUCAACAAGAUGGACUCGAUCAAGUUCGCUGAGGAGCGUUACAACGAAAUCGUCACUGAGGUCUCGAACUACAUCAAGAAGAUCGGCUACGACCCCAAGACCGUCGCUUUCGUCCCCAUCUCUGGCUGGCACGGCGACAACAUGCUCGAGGCCUCCGAGAACAUGCCCUGGUUCAAGGGAUGGACUAUCGAGCGCAAGGAGGGCAACGCCUCCGGCAAGACCCUCAUUGAGGCUCUUGACGCCAUCUCGCCCCCCAAGCGCCCCACGGACAAGCCCCUCCGUCUCCCCCUCCAAGAC